GUCUUCAGAGGUAAUUUAUUGUCCAUAUCAGUGCUGAAUGAAAAUGAGAGUGUUGUUUGAAUCUAUUACGUUAAUAACGAAGCAGUCAGUUUUAUUAGCAGCCAGGAUCUAACACCAGAAGUCUCAUCUUUCCAAGAUAUUUCUGUAGUCACUGACCAGUUGAUAUUAGUAUAUCCAGUAACAGAUGGAUACUGUGUUAAUAGUACCAAUUCAAUCAAUGUGUCAUUUAUUAAAGAACGUGCUCUGCAAUUGCACGAAUCAAAACUUGUAGGUGAUGACAUAGAGCGCUUGUAUCCAGAGAUGACAUUUGGUUGUACUGGACUCAUUAAUAGAUUUAUCUUUGGUGCAAUACUUCUGAAUGGCAAUCAAGCACCUGAGUUUCAAAUUUGGAACCGAAUAGGGCAGAAUGGUUUUAGAAAAACUAGCACUAUUACAAUUCGUUCUAAUACAAUGAUUGGUACUAAUCUCUAUGAGUUUGUUCCUCAGUUCCCAGAGGUAGUUUUUGAAGGAUAUAUAUUUGGCCUUUAUGUGCCAAGAGCUAACUCAAGUCAGAUUCUUAUUCAUGAGCAAGAACUAAGUGGACCUGUUAAUUUAAGAUCAGUUCCUGAAAGUCUAUUUCUUUUAGAAGAGGGAGAAAAUAAUUUCCCCCUUGUUACACCUGUAGUUAGUUGCAUCUUCAGUGGAAACUCUGUUUCAGCAGCAGUUUCAACUUAUAUAUCUACUUACAUUUCUAAAGGAACUAUUUAUACGACCAUAACUGAAAGCAGCACUGGUAUAACAAGUGGUUUGAGCACUAGUAGCAUCAAUUCAAGUUCAUACAGAACAAGUGUUACUACCACUAGUUUUAGUAGCAACUCUGAAUCAAGCACUGAAACAUUAAGUGGCUCUACUAUUGUUUCAUCAUCAUUUGAAACCACAAUUACACUAUCAACAAGUACUAUUCCAACUCCAACGGGUGAAGAAGGCUUAAAUGUACUCGUAGCCAUGUUUGGUGGUAUUGCAAUCGGAAUGCUCCUCAUUGUGAUGGUGAUGAUUAUCAUUUGCCUUUGUAUAGUUUUUAAAAGGACGAGGAAGCCAACAAGUAGAGGUGUCACUUUUAAUGAUGAUUCAAAUGAGCCGCAAUAUGAAUCAAUUCAGUUUCAAAGUGACAUUGAAAUAACAACAGAAAUAAAUCAAUGCUAUGGAGUUGCUGGUGAGCUAAGUAACCAGUUGUACUCAACAAUUUCAGAUGAACCUGCAGUCGACUCAAGUGCCACAGCUACCAUAACUAAUGAAGAUGAAGAAUACAUAUAGAACAAAGGAGACCAAGAUGAAUUAACAUCCAUAAUGUGUAUAAUUUAUAAUUUUGUAUUUAUAAACAUGCUACUCUGUAUUAGCAACUGUCAAUCAGUUGCUACUGACUGAUAGUAUGCUGCUGCUGUAUUGUUCACUGUCAGUUGUUUUAAUAUAGAAUAUUUGUACAAUAGUUAAAA